AAAUAUCACUGAAUGAAGAAUUAAAGGGAUGAUCGAUGAGACUGUAUAAAAUGUAGAUCAUUUGUGACUAAGAGGGAAAUAGAGUUAAUUUGGAAGUCUCGAAGUGCUUUUGGAGAAAAAUAACUUUUAAUAUUAGAGUGGAUUGAUGGAUCAGGAUGGAUUGAAAAUGAAUGCAGCAUGAUAAAACAGGGAGUUGUCCAGGAAAAGAUAUCUGAUCUCACUUCCAUGAACCAUUUGCCUCCCCUUAGCACUUUACCUCAGUGGUCACGCAUCAACACCCUAGACAGGGGACGCUACCCCAAGCCAUUUGUUAGAGACAAAGUCCAUAUUUAUCCUGAUAUGUCAAAGAAGGAGGAAGGGGAUGAUAAUAAAGAAGUGGAUCUUCAAGAAAUGGAUCCAAAACAGAGGAUCCAACACAUGGAGAGGAAUAUGAUGUUUUUAAAACAACAGCAUCAGGAGGUGUUACAGUCCCUCCAUGCAGAAAUUGAAGCACUCAAAAAGGACAACAAAGAUCUUCAGUUUAAAAUAAUUAUGAGUCAGAAAGGUCAACAACAGCAGCAGCCUGAGAAAAGGAGUGCCAGCAGUCAGCACAGUGCAAAAGACAGGUCCACACACAAUGAACUGACAUCCCAAGGCUUAGACAAAGAAUAUUCUUCCACUUCUUUGUUUUCUCAAACCCUUGAAUACACUAGCUCAGCAGGUCGAUCAAGGGAGGACAGGGUUGAUGAGUUAAAAGUGAUAUUCUUGGAAGAGGAAAUCAAGGAGUUGAAGCAUGCACUUAGGGAUGCCAGAAAUCGCAACAACUACAUGUCUCAGCUUCUGGAACAAGCUGAAGACGUCAAGAAAAAACAACAAGCUCGUAUUGAGAUGUUGCAGCAGCAAGUUUCUCAAGGGGGAGGAGCUUUAGCAGAGCAGAUAGCUGCUGGUAAUCUGAACCCAUUCAGUAACCAAGUCAGACCUCCCACCCUGGCUGAAUGUGAAGCCAUAAUAAAGCAUCUUCAGAAGGUCAACGAAAAUCAGGCUCAUGAGCUUGAUGGAUUGAAGUCUGACUUACGAGAUGUUCUGUAUUCUCACAAAUGGACACCUGAUGCCUAUCUUCUUGCCAAGGCUUAUAUUGCAGAGGAUGAUGCCAAAUCUACUCAGGAUAAAAGUCUGCCUAAAGUACCACUGAAAAACCCCUCCAGAAAACUGCCAGAGGUUGCUUACAUCAACAGGGAAACGGUCACCCUGCCAGCCCUCAAACAGACCGUGAGUAACCAGAAUGUAGAGAGGAAGAAGCGGACUCAGAUACUACAGAAAGCACGCCUCAGGAAGGAGGUCAUUCCUUGAUGAUAAUUCUUAUGUUUAAUUUAAAAGCUGCAUUUUUUUAAAUCAGUGGGAUCACAAUUUAGUCAUAUUGAUUUACACUAUCCCCAUUAAUGUUUAUUCAGAUGUGGUCAAGUCUUUGCCUUAAGCAAUCUUAAGGGAAUAUUUUAAAAAGGGAAAAUUCUCAUUCUCUAGGAGAGCAUUACCAGUGUGACUAGGUGAGUGUUAUAAGUCGCUGGCCUUUUGUUUCCAAUUCAUUCAGUGUUCUAGUUUUAUUUUAUUUGUACAUACUGUCUUAAUGUUUCAGUGAUGUAUAUGAUAUUCAAUUUUAUUUUAUUUGGCAGAGUUCUCAUAUCGGAUGCUUAUGAUUAUUUAUAGAUAAACUUUCUAAAGCUUAGGUAAAUUUCUCUCCCCUUCACUUGUAGGUUUUAAUUUUUAAAUACCACCAAACCUAUAACUUUGAGUUGAUUGCAGCUUCGAUGCCAAUUCACUAAUAAAUUGAUGUUAACUUUAAACUUUUUAAAUUUUGACUGAUAUUGUUCCAGUCUUUUUGUGUUCCAUUUGUGAAUAUUUAAGAAAGGAUAUGUAUUGUGAAGUUUAUUGAAAUGUUUGACAAUAUUUGUGUUGUAUGAUUUAUCACAAAAAUUUGUUUCAGUUCUCUUGGUGCUUUUUCAACAGUGUAUGAUUGUAUAUUUUAUUUAUCAAUGGGUUUCCUACAGUACUUAGGGUAACCUCAAUCUAAUCCAAGAUAUUAACAUAUUUUGGUGCUCUUGAUAAAUGAAACACUGUGCAUGCAUACUUCACAAUCAAUAAGAAUAAAGGAAAUUCUAUGUUGACAAAGAA